GAAAAGAAAACCACCAGCAACAGCAAAAGAAAACAAAGGAAAAAACAAAUAAAUGGGAAACACAUACGUUGUAGUGUUGCUGGUGGUGUGCCUCGUAGCUGGUGCAGGUGUUGAUGCUCAAGUAGAUAGCAUGGGUCAAUGCGUUAAAAGUUGCCUUGAUAACCAGUGCGGCGAAAGCCCCUCAAUGCUUUGCUCCUUCGUUUGUAAAUUCGGUUGUGCAUCCGUAGGGAUGCAAAUGGCGGGUUUGAUAGAAGCACAUGCAGAAGCACCGUGGGCAGAAGCACCGUGGGCUGAAGCACCGGAAUCAUCAUGGACAGAAGAAGCGGAAGAAUCAUCGUGGGCAGGAGCACCAGGUUUCCCAAGGAAGGUUCUAGCACCUGUUGGGAAUGACUACACAGCAGAAAUGCAAGUCUAUCGUAUUGAGACCUGAGAGCUUGUAGGGUUGGGGCUUUAUCAUCAACCAUAGGACAUAAUAUUCUUUUUUUCAUGUCCAUAUCCUCCUUUCCUCAGAUCACAUUAAACUAAAUAUUAUCCAUUUUUGUCUCA